GCGCCAUUUGUUGACUCCAGCCUGCAAAAGUUUAACAUUAAUAUCCCGCUUUUUUUUUUUUUUUCCCUUCUCUCUCUAAAACGAGACGAAUCUCUCUCUCUCUCUCUCUCUCCCCGAAGAAAAUGCAAGAGCAAGCAACAAGCUCUAUCGCCGCUAACUCUCUCCCGUCGAGCAGUGAGAGAUCAUCAAGCUCUGCUCUUCAGAUUGAGGUUAAAGAAGGGAUGGAGAGCGACGACGAGAUCAGGAGAGUGCCGGAGAUCUGCGGGGAGGCGACGGGCAACUCGGGCGUUUCAACGGUGUCGGCGGCCGGUCCGGACCGGGUUCAGGCGUUGGCGGAGGGGCACCGGAAGAGAGGCAGAAGCCCAGCUGACAAAGAGAAUAAGCGAUUGAAAAGGUUGCUGAGGAACAGAGUGUCAGCGCAGCAAGCGAGGGAGAGGAAGAAGGCGUACUUGAAUGAGUUGGAGGGGAGGGUGAAGGGCUUGGAGAAGAAGAACUCGGAGCUUGAGGAGAGGCUCUCCACUCUGCAGAAUGAGAAUCAGAUGCUUAGACAAGUAUUGAAGAACACGACGGCAAGCAGGAGAGGAGGGAGCGGGAGCUCCAAUGGAGAUGGGCCUUUAUGAUAGAGAAUGAAUAAGAAAAGGGUUUAGGGAAACCUUGCCCCUCUAUUUUAUUUGUAUUUCUAAGCUUCUAAAGUUUUCGUAGCUUCUACUAUGUAUGUAUAUAUAGCAUUCGAAUGAGGCAGCAAAUGAAGCUCUGAGCGGCUUUAUUAAUCCUAGAUUAGUGCUUUUUACCCCUAAUUUUUGUGAUUUGCAGAGACAUGCAGUCAUUUAUGAGAAAUAAGUAAGGGUAUCGGAGUAGUUUGGUAGAAA